AUGUCGAUUAACAUUAGACGCGAUAAUAAGGAUCCGUUCUACCGGUAUAAGAUGCCGCCAAUUCAGGCCAAGAUUGAGGGCCGCGGUAACGGUAUCAAGACAGCAGUUUUGAACACUUCGGACGUCGCGCGUGCGCUUUCUCGGCCGCCUUCGUACAUCAUCAAGUACUUUGGUUUUGAACUUGGUGCGCAGACCUCCAUUUCAGAGUCCACGGAGCGUUAUCUUGUCAAUGGUGUCCACGAUGCUGCUAAACUGCAGGACUCGUUGGACGGCUUCAUUGCCAAAUUUGUUCUCUGUGGAUCAUGUAAAAACCCCGAGACUGAGUUCGUUGUUCUCAAAGAUGGAAACCUCGAGAAGGAUUGCAAGGCCUGCGGUGCGAAAACGCUUGCUGAUCCCCGUCACAGGCUGACUUCUUUUAUUGUGAAGAACCCUCCCGAGACGGCAAAGUCCAAGAAGAAGGCCAUGGCGAACGCUGGUGCCUCUACUUCCACCGCGGAGGCAAAUGCUGCUGCUGAUGCUGCCGAUGGCGGCGACGAUGGCGAAGACGAUGGUGGCGAUGAUGAGCUUACCCGUCGCAUCAAUGCUGAGGCUGCCAAUUUGCCCGAGAUGGAUGGUAGCGACGACGACGACGACCAGUGGACCGCUGACGUCUCGGAAGAGGCUGUCCGUGCUCGUCAAAAACAGCUCGAGCGUACUAUGGCGAACCUUGGUGUUGACGACGAUGGGACCGACCAGGCCGUAUACCACGAAUUUGGCGAGUGGAUUGAGAGUAACGAGGAUUGCAGCGACAUUGAUAUUUACAAAAAGGCUUUGGAUUUGGGUAUUCAAAAGAACCCCAAGACGGUCCAGGUUUUGGCCCAGGCUCUCUUCAGCGAAGACAUUGUAAAGGAGAUCCCCGAGCAUGUUGGUUUGCUCAGUAAAAUGGUCACUUCACCCAAGCACGAGAAGGCUCUGCUCGGUGGUCUCGAGCGGUUCAUCGGUUUGCAACAUCCUGAUCUUAUUAAGGAGGUCCCUAAUGUUCUGUUCAAGCUCUACGACGCUGACCUUAUUUCUGAAGACGUCAUUGUCGCUUGGGGAACCAAGGCUUCGAAGCGCUUUGUCGAUAAAGAUACCUCCAAGAAGGUCCGCCGGGCUGCUAAGCCAUUUAUGGACUGGCUUGACGAGGCCGAGUCCGAGUCAGAAUCAGAGUCCGGCGAUGAGUAG